AUGCGCUUCAUGGUCCAAUGGGCGUCGUCCUCUGCUGCCACGUCACCCGACCCGCGCUCCUUAUUCCAUUCGUCCGUCCCGGAGCAUAGUACCACGCCGGACCGCGGCAACAUUUCCUUUUCCUCCGGCACGCCGCUUGUUCCCGCGCUUCGAAGAAACCGUUCCUCUAACGCCUCCUCGUCGCCGCCGCUCGUUACAGGCACACCCGGCGCUUCCGCCAGCGGCGCAGCCACCGCGACGCCUCCGGUAGGGAAAUCCGCUUCCGCCAACGCCCGUUCCGCGACUGCCGCACCGCUCCUUUCCGCCUCGCAUUCCUUCUCCUCGCGCGGAGAUGAUGAGCGGUUGCCCGCGCGAACCCGCGCCGACCCUUCCGCCGCCGCGGUGGCAGCUGCCCCCUGCCCGCAUGCCGCCCCCGGCUGGGGGAUGCCCUGCUCUGCGUGCCUGCGGCGCGCGCUGGAAGGAGGCGGAGCCGUUCCGCGCUCGUCGUCCGCGGAGGGUCGCGUGCAGCAGCGCCCUGCGGGGGCGGAAGAGGCGGGGAACGGGGCGCGGGCGCCGGAAGGCAAGGCAGGAGGGCGGAGAGGAGAGGGAGAGGGGGAAAGCAAGUGGGACGGGGGGAGGAAAGGAGCGGAAAAGGGAGGCGACGGGGGGGCACGGAAUGGAGACCGAGGGGAACCUAUGGACCAAUCAGCGAAAGGCACCGCAAACAGUGGAAGCCGAUUGGCUGGGGAACUGGAGCUGGCGACCCCGGUGAAUCUGCGGCCAAUCAAAACGGGCGUCAGUGCGAAUGCUGCUGCGAGCUUGGCAUCCCUCCCACCCCCCCCAUCCCCGCCCUGUCCCCCAUCUCCCCCAUCAGGAGCAAUGGGGCUGGGAGGGAGCCUUUUAGGUUCGGCCAAGUCGUUUGCCCGGGCGUUUAGCUUCGGUGCCAAGGGAGGUCCGGUAACAGGUGCGGGUGGUAGGGCGGGAAUGCCUCGGCCCCGAAUCGGCCCGUCCAUGUCAGCUUCGGAGCUGCUCUCGUCCGUCCCUUCCUCCACGUCAGCAGCACUACAGGACAAGACGGCUACGAGACAAGAGCCGCAGAGAGGGUUAUCUGGGGUAGGUUCAUCUGGGGUAGGUGCAUCUGGUGUUGAGGCAGGCAGCGAGGCGGUGGGGGUUGGGGAAGGCACGCUGGGGAAGGGGGAAGGGGAGAGUGGGGGGAUGGGGGAGAGCCGGAUGGGGGAAGAGCGAGCAGUGGGGGGCGGGGAGGAUGGGGGGAGAGAAGAAGGGGAGGUGGGGAGUGGGAAGAGGGGGAGUGGGGAAGAGAGCGAUGGGGACGAGAGGGGUGGGGGGGAGGACCAUGGGGGGAAGAGGGAGCGUGGGGAGGGGAAGCGGCCGGGGCAAGAGAAGGAUCCGGGGGGUGGUGGGGAGAAGCAGCGGAGGGAAAAUGGGAUGGUGGGUGGUGGGGAGGGAGGGGGGCUGACAGGGGAAGAGGAGGAUGGGGAGGAGGAGGAGGGCGAGAAAGGGAAUGGGGAGGAGGAGGAGGACGAGGAAUGGGCAUGGGCGACAGAGGCAUGGGUAUGGGCAUGGGGGGAGGGAUGGGAGGGGCGGGUGGCGUGUCGGCCUGGCAGCAGCAGCGGCCCUUCCCUGGUUGGCCUGGGGGGCCUGGGGGGUACCCGCCCUUCCAUGGCUACUCCAACCGCAAGCCGUGGUGGCAGCGUUGCACUCUCUGGCUCCUCUGGAUACUCGCCCCCUUUUCCGCCUCCCGUCCCUUGUAACAUCAGAUCAGCCCCCCUCCACACUCGCCCCUCCUCAUACUGCCGGCGUCCAUAUGCUGGCUGUCUGUCCCGUGCCAUCGCCGCUGCCUUGGCUCUCGUCGCCUGGUGCAUCCACGAGCGCUCGCGAGCCGAUGCUCUGCAGAGCCGCAGCACUGCAUCACCAUUCCUCACCCCUCACCACCCACCACUGUCUCCGCUACCAACCCCCCCCCCCCCCCAGUUCCACCUGCGAGUGCUCAUAGAGCGCCAGCACCGCAUCACACAGCGCCUGCACUCCGGUGCCUGGGGGGACAGCGGCAGCAGCACCACCGGCAGCAGCAGCAGCAGCAGCACUGGGAGCAGCAGCAGCAGUAGCAGUAGUGGGGCGGCAUGGUGGGAAGACAUGGUCAUGCUCCCCACUGGCGGGCGGGCGGCGACAGCUGGCAUCUUGCUCCAGCCAAUCAGAGGCAAAGGAGGAAGUGGGGAAGGAGAGGGGGAGAAGGAAAGAUGCGGAAGGCGUGAGAGGGUGGGAGACAGCAGCAGGGGGAGGGAGCGAGGGAAGGAAGAGGAGAAAGAGGUGGAGGAGGAGGAAGGGGAAGGUGGAGGAGGAGGAGACCCGGAGGGUGACGAAGUGGUGUGGCGACGAUUGGCUCUAUUCACCUCGCUGCUCUGCUUCCUCCUCCCCCUAGUGCUCGCCAAACACAUGGACAGGAUCGCUGCCUUCCUCCACCUCGACCCCCCCAAAACCGAGCAAACACCCGUCACCCCCGCACUGAGCCACUUGUCACCGCACCACACCGCAGCACAGCAGCACAGGCGGGGAGGAGCAGCAGGGGCACUGCAAGGGGCAGCGGGGGGGAGUGUGAGCAGCCCGGGCUUAGCCCAUGGCAUCCGGCAAGGGGGGGGGGCGGGGGGCAAUGGACAGGGGGGUGCAGGAGGAGCCCAUGGGCAGAGCCAUGGGGUGGGCGGCCAAGGGGAGGAGGUGGCAGCAGCGCCGUUCAGCAAGCGCCUGGCGUACCGAGUGGAUGUGCUCUUCUCCACUCACUCCUAUGUUAAGAGCCUUGCGCUGCUCACUGCCACUCUUGUGCUCAUCGCGGUGGGCGGCCUGGCCCUGUACGCAGUGAGUGGCAAGGAGCGUCUUGUUCUGGCCGACGCCACGUGGCGGGCCUGGACCUACGUGGCAGAUGCGGGUAACCACGCGGACAGCGAGGGUGUGGGGCCGCGUGUGGUGAGCGUGAGUGUGAGCAUCGGCGGCAUGCUGGUGUUUGCGCUGAUGGUGGGGUUGGUGUCGGAGGGCAUCUCAGAGAAGGUGGACUCGCUCCGGAAGGGCAAGAGCGACGUCAUCGAGCACAACCACACGCUCAUCCUCGGCUGGAGCGACAAGCUGGCGUCGCUGCUGAAGCAGCUGGCGGUGGCGAAUGAGAGCAUGGGGGGGGGCGUGGUGGUGGUGAUGGCGGAGCGGGACAAGGAGGAGAUGGAGAGCGAAAUCUCCAAGAUGGAGUUUGCCUUCAAAGGCACCUCCGUCAUCUGCAGAGACCACCGCGCUGCUGAAGCGCGCUGGCUGGCACCACUCGCUCUCCCCCUUCCGCACAGGGACGAGGGGGGUCCUCCCCGCCUCCGCAUGGAUCAGUCUUGCUCCCCACUCGUUCUCGCGGACCUGAAGAAGGUGUCAGUGAGCACGGCGCGCUCACUCAUCGUGCUGGCGAAGGUGCUGUGGCGGCUCUGUCCUGCUCGCUCCCCCAACCCACACUGCUUCCCCCCUCCCCUCUCCGACAGGUCCGGCUCCCCUCUUGUGCUAGCCGACUUAAAGAAGGUGUCAGUGAGCACGGCGCGCUCACUCAUCGUGCUGGCAGAAGCGGAAAACGCGGAUGCAGCGGAUGCACGCGCGUUGAGGGUGGUGCUGUCGCUCACUGGCGUGCGCGAGGGGCUGCGAGGGCACAUCGUGGUGGAGCUCAGUGACCUGGAUAACGAGGCUCUGGUGAAGGUGAGGGAGGGGGCUGUUGAGGGGCUGCGAGAACACAUUGUGGUGGAGCUGAGUGAACUUGACAACGAGGCACUGGUGAAGGUGAGAGCAAUACGGCACAUUGUGGUGGAGCUCAGUGACCUGGAUAACGAGGCUCUGGCGAAGCUGAGGGUGAUGGGUUGGGGACAGGGAAAGGAGUGCCAUGAUGAGGUGGCAGGGAGCGAGGGGCUGCGAGGGCAGAUUGUGGUGGAGCUCAGUGAUUUGGAUAACGAGGCACUGGUGAAGACCUCCGCAGCCCACCUGUCUGCGUCUGACAGCGCCUGCACGCCUCCACACACCUUCCCCACCUCUCCCCACCGCCCCCUCCCUGCUGCCUCCCAUCCCUCUCCUGUCACCCCUGCUUCCACACAGAUGGUGGGAGGGCAGCAGGUGGAGACAGUGAUGGUGGGAGGGCAGCAGGUGGAGACAGUGGUAGCACACGACGUGAUAGGGCGGCUCAUGAUUCAGUGCGCGCGGCAACCAGGCCUAGCGCAGAUAUGGGAGGCGCUGCUGGGGUUUGACAACUGCGAGUUCUACGUCAAGCACUGGCCUCAGCUCGCUGGGAAGCCCUUCAGCGACGUGCUGAUCUCGUUUCCCGAUGCUGUGCCGUGUGGCGUGCGGAUCGCCGGGGAUGGAGGAAGGAUCUGGCUCAAUCCAGAUGAUGAUUAUGUGCUACAGCCCGACGAUGCAGUGCUGGUGGUGGCGGAGGAUGAUGACUCCUAUGCGCCCGGUCCGCUGCCCCACGUGCGCCACGCCAUGCUGCCCGAUGUCGUCGUGCCGCCCAAGCUGCCCGAAAAGAUUCUAUUCUGCGGAUGGCGGCGGGACAUCGACGACAUGAUUGUGGUGCUCGAAGCCUUUCUUGCCCGUGGCUCGGAGCUGUGGAUAUUCUGUGAGGUGCCGGUGGAGGAGAGGGAGGAGAGGCUGAUGGAGGGCGGGCUCAACCCGGGCGACCUGGAGAACGUGGCGCUUGUGCACCGCGUCGGCAAUGCUGUCAUCCGUCGCCACCUCGAAAGCCUUCCUCUUGAGACCUUCGACUCGAUCCUCAUUCUAGCUGACGAAGGCGUGGAGGACUCGGUGAUCAACUCUGACUCGCGCUCGCUCGCCACGCUGCUGCUCAUCCGAGACAUCCAGUCCAAGCGCAUGCCCUACGAGGUCUGCUUCUCUGGCGCCCCUGCCCGCGGGCCCCCGCGCAACGCACACAUCGUGCCCGGCGCUGCUGCCGCUGCCGCCGCCGCCGCUGCCGCUUUCGCUGCUGGUGGCCUGGGAGCAGCAGCAUCAGGGGCAGGCGCAGGGGUCGGGGCGGGGGCUGAUGGUGCUGCUGGACCCAGUGGGAUCGGGAACGGGAAUGGGAAUGGGGGCUCGUGGAUCAGGCAGAUGCAGAAGGCGUCGCAGCAGUCGAUUGUGAUUUCCGAGAUUCUCGACUCGCGCACGCGAUCCCUCGUGGCCGUGUCCAAGAUCAGUGACUAUGUGCUCUCUAAUGAGCUCGUUUCCAUGGCCCUGGCAAUGAUCAGCGACAAUGUGCUCUCCAACGAGCUCGUCUCCAUGGCCCUGGCAAUGGUGUCAGAGGAUCGGGAGAUCAACCGCGUGCUGGAAGAGCUCUUCUCAGAAGAGGGCAAUGAGAUGUACAUUCGCCCAGCAGAGCUCUAUUUGUACGAGGGCGAGGAGCUGAGCUUCUUCGGGGUGAUGGGCAAUGAGAUGUACAUUCGCCCAGCGGAGCUCUAUUUGUACGAGGGCGAGGAGCUGAGCUUCUUUGGAGUGAUGGGCAAUGAGAUGUACAUUCGCCCAGCGGAGCUCUAUUUGUACGAGGGCGAGGAGCUGAGCUUCUUUGAAGUGAUGGGCAAUGAGAUGUACAUUCGCCCAGCGGAGCUCUAUUUAUACGAGGGCGAGGAGCUGAGCUUCUUCGGGGUGAUGGGCAAUGAGAUGUACAUUCGCCCAGCGGAGCUCUAUUUGUACGAGGGCGAGGAGCUGAGCUUCUUUGAAGUGAUGGGCAAUGAGAUGUACAUUCGCCCAGCGGAGCUCUAUUUAUACGAGGGCGAGGAGCUGAGCUUCUUCGGGGUGAUGGGCAAUGAGAUGUACAUUCGCCCAGCGGAGCUCUAUUUGUACGAGGGCGAGGAGCUGAGCUUCUUUGAAGUGAUGGGCAAUGAGAUGUACAUUCGCCCAGCGGAGCUCUAUUUAUACGAGGGCGAGGAGCUGAGCUUCUUCGGGGUGAUGGGCAAUGAGAUGUACAUUCGCCCAGCGGAGCUCUAUUUGUACGAGGGCGAGGAGCUGAGCUUCUUUGAAGUGAUGGGCAAUGAGAUGUACAUUCGCCCAGCGGAGCUCUAUUUAUACGAGGGCGAGGAGCUGAGCUUCUUCGGGGUGAUGGGCAAUGAGAUGUACAUUCGCCCAGCGGAGCUCUAUUUGUACGAGGGCGAGGAGCUGAGCUUCUUUGAAGUGAUGGGCAAUGAGAUGUACAUUCGCCCAGCGGAGCUCUAUUUAUACGAGGGCGAGGAGCUGAGCUUCUUCGGGGUGAUGGGCAAUGAGAUGUACAUUCGCCCAGCGGAGCUCUAUUUGUACGAGGGCGAGGAGCUGAGCUUCUUUGAAGUGAUGGGCAAUGAGAUGUACAUUCGCCCAGCGGAGCUCUAUUUGUACGAGGGCGAGGAGCUGAGCUUCUUUGAAGUGAUGGUGCGCGCGCGGCAGCGCCUGGAGAUUGUGAUUGGCUACCGCCUGGGCGGCGAGGAGGUGGCGGUGCUUAACCCGCCCAACAAGAGCGCCGCCCGGCAGUGGUCGCUCAGCGAUGCGUUCAUCGUGCUCUCUUUGGAGGAAUGA